UCGAUAGGCAGUAUUUGUGUAUUGGAAACGCGGCUUAACUUGAUGCAGAUUUUUCCGCUGAUUCGGCUGCAAAUGAUGCACUUUUGAGGCGCAGCGAGUGCACCCACGCCCCCGAGUUCGAGUGCAGUUGCAGUCGGGAAAGUUUGGAAAGUGCGCGGAGCGUGGAGAGCGACGAAUUCGGCCAGCGCGUCGAGCUGAAAGGAGCGGAAAAGAAAAGUGACGAAAAGCGGGGGAAAACGGCGGAUGAGCGAAAAUCGGAAAAUUGAAAACGAAACCAACCACCGACUUGUUUAAGCCCAGCAUCUCAAAAACGGGGAUAAUGGAGUCACAGAAGCGGCCGUCGUUGCAUUUACUCACGGAUGUGCCAGCAGGAUCGGCAGCUGGAGGAGCUGGACCUGCAGGAUCUGCAGCUGAGAUGUCGCCCACUUCCGGCUUCCUGCCAGACAUGCCGCAGUGGAAGAAGGACCUCAUCCAGCGGCGGAAAACGAACGUGGCCCGCACCCAGGCGGCGUCCAUCGCCUCGCCCACCGAUGGCAGUUGUGGGGCUUUGGCGGAAGCCACCGCCGCUCCAGGUGCAAUUGCAGAUUCCACGGAACCGGCGACAAUCAUUAGCACUAGUCAAAAGAGAAAUAUGAUCGGUUCAGAGGAAAAGUGUGAGAAAUCUUCCAUUUCCAAUACCAAUUCCAAUUCCACUGGAGGUCAUCACUCUGUUGUUGCCGUCUCCCUUUCGCCCGAAGCGGCAACAACAAAUGUAACAGUAACACCAAUACCAAAGCAGCGAUCGAGUUUACUACUCAACACGAGAAGUCAGGAGAAGGAGGGAGAGCGCGAGAUUCUAGCCGAGAGUGCGGAGAGAGAGAGAGAGACAGAGAGCGAACGCGAACAGCCGGCUGCCGUGGUGGUGGUGGUGGGUAGCGGCCGGUGUGGUGAAGUUGAAACUGGCACAACUGGAGCAGCAGCAACAUCGUCGCCGUCGUCGUCGUCAGCAAAUCAAAAUCCAAACCCAAAUCACUUGAAAACGAAAUGCAAACCGGGACAGAGCGUUGCUGAGGGCAAGCCUUCAGCGAAAGAGACCACCAUUUCCAUUUCCAGCGAAAGCACCACCAAGAGCUGCAGCAAGACGAAGAGUAUUUCCGAUAAAUUGCAGAGCAACAAGUUUAUAAUUCAGCAACAGCAGCAGCAGCAGCAGCAACAACAGCAACUGUCGCCCACAAAGGUAACGGUAAAACCGACAAUGGUCGCCAUGCAAGAGAUGAAGAAGACAACCAAACAAAAUGGCCAGCACCGCCACCUAACGGCCAAAAUAGGCACUGCCAGCGGGCCAGGCGGCGUGGAUGUGGAUUCCCAAUCGCCGAAUCCCAUUCCAGAUUCCCUGGACACCGGCGAGGAUCUGAGCUACGGGCCCGGCAUUGUGUCCAAGCUGCGCUGCCGCUACCUCAGCCUGGCGCUCCGCGAGUCUCGCCAGCAGAGUAGCAAGCAACGCCUCCAGCGCUCCACCAGCCUGAAUACUCUCCUGGAUCGCGACGACGACGAGGUGGAUGUGGAGGUGGAGCCCGAGGUGGUGGCCAGUAGUCAGGUGCGUGCCAAAUCCACACCGCCACCGAUUCUGGGUGCCAAACCGACCGGCAAACCCAACAGACAGGACAACCAGCAGCAGCAGCAGCAGCGUCCGGUGAGCCUGGGCGCCAAUGGAGGAUCGGCAGCUGUUAACCCGCCCCUCACCUCGGAGGAUGCCCAGCCAGGUCAGGUGAUAGCCAACGGAUCAGCCAAUCGAUCGCGUCACUUUAAGCGCGGCAACGAAGUGAUGAAGCGGGCCCGCUCCGUGGAGGCCCUCCUCUGCGAGAAGUCGCCGUGGAACAGUCAGCGGAUCAGCACCGCGGGAACACCUUCACCAACGGCCAUCAAGGCCAACGUUGCCCCCUCACCUGUUGUCACCUCGCCCACCUGCGUCACCAUCGAGGAUAAGAUCCACAAUGCCCGCGAGCGGCUGCACAGCGGCACGGAUACGGCGCCGCCCAAGCGGCUGACCUCGAUUAUCGACGACACCGAACGGCCGCCACCGGAUCUGGUCAAGCAGACGCUCAAGAUGUUCGAGGCGAGUGCCAAUCGGCGACCGCGGGCCGCCCAUCGUUCCAACGGCGUGGGCGGAGUGGCCAGCAAGGUGGCGAGCUACAAAUCAAUCAUCAAGGAUCAGGCCACGCCGCCGCCGUCGUCGGGCUUUGCCUCCUCGACGCCGCUCAGGAAUCCGCAUCAUGUCCAUCCCGAUAUAAUACCCCGCCAGGUCGACUCGCCCGUUUCGGCGUUGAGUCUGAUGAUGCGUCGCAUGGAGCUGCAGGAUCCGGAGACGCCCGAAAGGGAUACCACACCGCAGAGCGAGGCGCCAAGCGAGACUGAGCGAAACGAUCGCGAUGAAGGCGAUGUCGAUGGCGAGGGCGAUGGCGAAGGCGAUGACGACAGCCCCAACAACAACGACGAUCACGACGACGACAGCAGCGACAACAAUGAGCAAUGCGAUAAAAUGGGCGCGGCGGCAGGCGGCGGCGGCGAUAAGCCUAAGCCCCCAGCGGAAUCGGCAGCGGGAGGCGCCCAGCGAUCAUUCGCUGCCUCGACGGAGAACGCGCAUGUAGCCAGCGGGAGUAGCAGUACCAGCAGUACGACAACCACAGUGCGGAAGCUCAACAACAACAGCAGCAGCAGCAUCAGCGAUUCCAGCGGACCAGCGGUGACCAAACAGAUUGGUGUGAUCCGGCCGCUGUUCAAUAGCCAGGGAGCUGGGAGUACGCCACUGACGAGUCGCGAGAUCGAGAAGAAUCGCAUCAAUGAGAUGAAGAAGUCGACGGCCACAGAAGCCGGUGCGGGAUCGGGAUCGGGAUCCGCAACGGGAUCCUCGCCCACCGCUAGUCUCGACACCGUGAUAAACACCAAGGAGGCGGCCAGCAGCGAAACGGAUGCCAGCGCCUCGCCACUGUGGACACUGCGCAAGCUGAGGAGCAGCCAGAGUCAGGGAGCCGGCGGCGGAGGAGGAGCCAGCGGGGGAUCGGGACCCAGUUCCAGCCAUCAUUCCACGGAGAACACCUCGAUGGUGUUCAACUUCUCCAAGAGCACCAAGGAAGUGCCCGACUACAUCGAAAGCGACGUUGUGAUUUACAGGCGCAAGCGGGAGCUGCCCAAGCCAAAUGAGCCUGGCUUCGUGCUGCUGGGCGAUCUCUCCGUGGAAACGUCAACGGACACGGACUAUGACGACUACUCCAUGUGCCCGCCAUCGCCGUGCGAUGUGGAGUUCGAGAAUGCCAACAUUGUGAUCGACGGCAAGUCCAGCAUACGCCAGAAAGCCAAAGAUUCUUCGUUCCGCGUGCAGUUCAACGACACGCUGACGUCGACGUUUGAAUACCCCUCCGAGGCAUCGAUGACCAUCGAGGAUCCGCCGUACGCCGAUCCGUUCGGGCAUGUGAGCAAGCACCACCAGAUGCUGCUGGCGGAGCAGAUGCACAGGCUGCAGCACCAGCAGCAGCUGGAGCAGCUGGAGCUGGAGCAGAUGCACCAGCUGGGGCUGCAGGAGCAGCACCACCAUGUGACCGUCGACGAGAUCAUCGAGCUGCCCACGUCGACGGCGGGACAUGGACAUGGACAUGGAUACAGGGCGGGGGCGGCGGGGGGCGGACCGAUGCUGGGGAAUUUACCGUUGGGCUCCAAGGCUCUGGGCUUCUACACGCCCAUGAAGGGCGUCUCGCCGAUGGACAACCUCUUCCAGCUGGGCGUCACCCGGUACGCUUUGCCCGAGAGCAGCAGCAGUGGGAGCAGCAACGGCAGCCACAGUCCGAGCAGCAACGGGAGCAGUCCGGCCGGAGCUACCGCCGCCGCCGGCGGCCAGCUGAUGUUCAACGGGAACGGCAGCAUCGUGGGCUUCGGCGAGGGACUGAUCAAGGGGCAGCAGCAGGAAGACUCAACGGCGGAAGCAGCGGCGACGGGAGCAGGUGGCUCCACCUCGGCCGGGGACGAGGAUGACUAUGACCAUCUGACGGCGACGCCGGGCGCGGGAGUUGUGUACAGCGAGGGUACACAGAAGACGGAUCUGCUGUAUUAAAAACCGGAGCAGGGAGCUCUUUUCUACCGGUUUCCAAGCCCCAAAACCCAAAACCCGCCCCAAAACCCAAAACCAUUCCCCUAAAUUGAAAAGCGUGCGCUUAGGUGAAAUAUCAAUUUCGGUUAGACACAAAAAAAAAACGUAGAAAACAACGUAAACCAAGUAUGGCAAGAAAUCCAUAAAGAUACGUAUAUAAAUAGAUAUUAUUUGUAAGUUUGUAGGCCUAGAGAUCCGAUGUGUAUGUGUACAACAGCAAGCGUGUGUGUCUGUCUUCUUUAUAUAUAUAUAUAUAUAAAUAUAUGUGUUUUUUUUUCGAUAAAUUAAUAAUUAUAUUAUUGUAAUGUAUCCACGGCACUGAAUGAACAACUUUGCUGCUUCUAUUGUAUUUGUAUUGUGUAUUCCAUUUACGGCAUUUUGAUAGUAAAUAUACAACAACAACAAAUCAACGUAUUUCCGACUGCUGCAUCCCGAAGGUAACUUAAAUCUUAAUCUACGAAGCGAGCGGUUAAGUCCGCCGGAGUAUUAACUUAAUGGAUCUUGAAAUGGUCCCCUCUUGUGAACCAUUCUCCCCUUACGCGAACCUUCUUCCGCCCCGAAAAAAAAGAAACAAAAAUUAUACAAAUUUUAAGUCCUCCCCAACCGGAAGAAUGCAAAAGAAAAUGUAACAUUUGCCUCAUAAUU